ACGUGCUAGAAACGAACCCGCCGAACGUGUUUCCAAUGUUUAGUUCCGUUGAAAACCGAUUAAACAUUGAACCAAAUUUUAAUUAUCGCAAAUUUCAUCGAUGAUAAAGAGAAAAAUCGAUCGGUUACACAUGAUAAGUGAUACAAAUACCUAGGUUUACGUAAAGCAUGUAUGAAAAUGGAAUUUCGGCUUGCACGAACUGAGGUAUUAUUUUCUGAGGAUUUGAAGUUUAUACUUUUUUAUUGGCAAGUUUAACAGGAAUCAUUGCAAUGGAUUCCGAGGAAUACUUGGGCUGGUGUCCUGUUGAGAAUACUGUAGCGAACCGUCUGAAAGAUAAUUCAUUAGUUCACACACUUUCAUCCAAAAGUCAUAUUCGGAAAAGUACCAAAAUCAUAAAUCAGGAAUUAAAGAAAUCAACUGCUAUUAAAACCUACAGUCAGUAUCUAAAAUGCAAAAAGAAAAUUUUAGAGAAAAUAACAGAGAACACAGAUGUCACAGAUGAAUCAGAUUUCAGCGAUGAUGACUACAAGAAAUUUUACAAUAGUUUUGAAGUUACCAGCAAAGAUCGAUCUAAAUCGGAUGUAGGUGAUGAAGGCUUUAUGUGGCUGUUCAUUGAAAAGCAAGGUAGAAAAAAGACAGAAUCUGAAUUAGACAGCGAAAAUCCAGAUGAUCCUCACCCACAUAUCUGGGAACCAAGUAUUGAUAUAAGUGUCAUUGAGAACAUCAGCGAUCCAUUUGAAAAGCCAUCUAAAACUCCAAAGCAGAAAAGAGAAAAUGGUUUGAUCGAUAAGCAGUUCAAAGCUAAAAGUUGUUCACCACAUAAGAGUAAUAGAAAAGUUAAUAUUAAGAAUGUUACAAGUGCUACUACUAGCAAAGUUGAUAAUAAUGUAAGUAGUAAACUAACAUUAAUGAACGAAACUCCUGUAAAAGAAGGCAAAGAAUUGCAGAGUUCAAGAACUAAAAAAAAUGUAAAUAAGAGACCAAAAGACGUUAAGAGAAAUUUAACUUCUGUGAUAAAUGGUGUUAGCAGGAAGACUCCUGAGGCAUCAGAAGGAGAUGAUUGGAAUGAUGAAUUUGUUCCAUCAGAUUUCCAAGCUCAAAGUACACAGAUCUUCUCAGAUACUUUAUCGGAUGCACAUAGAGGUAGAAGGUCAGUUAGCCGACUUAGAUUUUCACAGAAUGAAGUGAUGAAUCAACCCAGAGAUUCAGGCAUAGAAGAAGAUUCGAGAGAAGAAAAUGUCUCUGUUAAUAAAAGAGCAGAUAAUAAAAAGUCAGAUUAUGGUAUACAAAAAAAAAAUAAGGUACAAGAAAAUCUUAAACCUGAAAAGACUAAUGAAGAAUCAAAAAAUAGUUUGAACAAUACGUCAAAAAAUAUCGUAUCCAAUACGAGACACAAGCUUCCACUAAAAAUCAUUGGAGAAGAAAGAGUGACAACAAAGUACAAAAUUGUUAGUAACAAAGAGCUCAAAUCAAUCAUAGAAGAAAAACACACUAUUAUUGAACAGAUAAAAGAAGACGCAAAGAAAAAGUCAGAAAGCAGUAGUGACAGUGAAUAUGUGGACACACAAAAUGGGGAUGUCAUUGAUAAUUCCAAACAAGAAACUGAAGAAAGUUCUGAUGAAUAUUAUGAUUUACAUGAAGCAGAAAAUGAGAUGGAUUCAGAUAAUGGUAAAAUAAAUGAUUCCAAGAUAAAAAAACGCCCUGAUAAAGAAAUAAAAAAAAUACCCAGGGACAAAGAUGAACUCUUAAAUGAAGAAAGUGUGGAAGAAAGCUCUAUUGCUAGUGAAACAUCUAAAAAAAAUGCUCAUGCCAUCAAAACUAAGAAUAAACAAACACAAAAAAUAAUCAUUCAUCCAAAUACAGCAUCAGACCAAAGUAUGGAUGAAAGUGUAAUAUCAGACAUCGCAAGCCUACAAUCAUCACCAACAAGUGAAAAACAAAAUUUGAGUAAAGAAAGCAGAAAAAUAUUGAAUAAAUCUAGUGACCGCGAAGAAUCAUACGAAAUAAAAUUACAGCAAGACCUUUCAGAUAUUGUUAAAAAUUAUAAAAAAUCGCACUUUAUGAAUAAAAAUACUGAGGAAGAUUCUAAAUCUAUAAAAUCUUUGGAUGCCAAAGAUUAUGACAGUGAAGAGUCUGAGAAAAGUGAAAAUGAGAAAACUCUAAUAGACCUUAAAUUGACAGAAAAAAAUGAUGAAGAAGUGAAAGUUCAUGAACAGACAUCAAAACAGCUCUCACAGAAUAAGAAAUCGGAACUUGCAGAUGAUGAAGAAUCCUCUGAAAGUGAAGAUGAAGUUAAAAAACAUCCUCCGGUACAGUUCAUUCUGCCAGAUAAAAAAAGUGACAGUGAAGAAUCAGAGGAAAGUGAAAUCGAGGAGACACCAGCUGUUUUCCAAUCUAAAAAACGUGAAGAUGACGAAGAGGGGAAUUUAUCUAUACAUGCUGAAAGACGUCUUGCUGAAAUGAAAAGAAUAGAUUUUGCUAAUUAUGAUGAUUCAGAAGACAGUGAAGACGAAAAGAGCCCUUUUCCUAUCAAAAAUACCAAUGCUAAAAAGAAAAAUAGUAAAAGGCAAAAGUUGGAAGAUAGCAAUGACAGUGAGAAUCCUACCCAGAAUGCUAGUAUUAAAAAUAAUGAUAUUGAAGAGUCGGAAUCGGAUGAAAGUGAGAAAGCAGAUUCUAAGAAAGAUAGUAAACCUGCAGAGAAAACCAUUACUAAAAGUCAAGAUAGUGACAGUGAAGAAAAGGAAAAUGUUCCAAACCAUACUCUAAAUCACCGUUCACAGAUGAAAAAAACCAAUUUGACAAACAUUGAUUCUAGCAGUGAUGAUGAUGAGAUAAAAUUGGAGAAUAAAGAUCAAGUAAUUGAUAAUGCGAAAAAUCAAGCUGCAGAUGUUGAAGAAGAUAUAAUGUCCUCAUACGAAAAGCAACAUCUACAAAAAAUGAAACGUUUGAGUUUUGAUAAUGAUAGCGAAGAUUCAAAUGAUAGUAUUGAUAAAAAAGUUGAAGUUGAUGAUGACAUAGACAUCGAGGAACAUAAAGUUCCUAUGCCUGAAGGCUAUCAAGAAUCAGAACUUCCUAAGCUAAUGGUUGAGAAUAGUUUUUCAAUUGGUACCAUGGAAAAAACUGAAUCAGGGGCAGAAAAAGCUUCAAAGUCCAAGAAAAAAAAUAAAGUUAGUAGCAAACAAGUCAAAGAAGCAAUUGAUUUAAAUGAAGAAAGUGAUGAAGAAUCCGACAUAGAAGAGCCGAAAAACAUAUUGGCAAACGCUAAUAAAGUAAAUGUAAAAUUGCCAGACGAAGAUGACGAUAGCGAUAGCGAUAGAUCUAUGUCACCAUCAACUACCCAUAGACUAUCACAAUACAAAAAAAUGAAUUUGAUAGAGAAAGAUAGCAGUAGUAGUUCAAGUGAAGAUGAAGAUGACAAGAAAAAUGAUGUUCUAUCUAAACAAGUGGAAUCUGAUCAUUUUAAAUCAGAUGGGUCUGAUGAAGAGAAAUCUGAGAAGUUGUUGAAAUCAAAUGAAACAACAAAAGAAGAUAAUUCACUGAUAUCAGAGAAAAACGUUUUAUUAAAAUCAAUCUCUUCGAAAUUUUCGAAUACAGAUAAUUCGAAAGAAUCUAUCAAAACGUGCCAAGCAGAUGAUAAUGAGCAAAAAAGAAAAGCUACAGAUAAAGAUAAAAGUAGAAAAAAUGUCGUUAUCCACGAAACCCAAGAGAGUGCAGGUACUCAAGAAAAUUAUGUGGAGUCUCAAGAAUUAUUUUCUUCCAUGGAAGAUUUGACUGAGGGACAGAGUAAGGUAUCAGUAUUAGAUAGCAAUGACGAUCAAAGGACAGCUAAUGAAGCUUCAGCUACACCAGAACCAACAGAAAUAUCUCAGGAAAAAAUAACAAAUAUCCCUCAGCUCAUUAAAAAAGACAAACUAUUACCAGCUACUUACGAGUCUACAAUGGCAUCCAGUAAUUUUUCUCCUGAUGAAGAUAUAUAUCUUCUUGAAGUACCAAGAAAUCUUUUCAACAACAACUUGAUUGGUGAACAGUUUUCGUUUUCCAAAACUACUCUAAAGGUUGGCCUCAACGCCUAUGAAGCGUUUAAAAGAAAAGUUACACCUACACUUUCGUGCGUUUUGAAAUCUGAAGAUCAUGGCGAUUCGUAUGAGACAAUGAAUGUGAGGCCCGCAGUGUCGAUAGUGGCGCGACGAAGGAAGCUCGUUGAUGAGCCAGAUAAGCCGCUCCAUCAAGAGAAGCAAGAAUUAGAAGACACUGGAAAUCAAUCGAAGUCUACUGAAAGCAAUCCAACCAAGAUCAAGAAAAAGAAAGCAAAAACGAAAGAUGCGACUGACACCAAAAAAGUAAAAACUCCUAAACAAGUAAAGUCAUCAGAUAUGACCACAGAACUCGACAAAAAGAAAAAGACUCCCAAAAAGAAAGCAGAUGUUACAAAUUCACCAGGUAAAACGAAAGAAUCAGAGAACUAUGAAAAUUCUGCACAUUUGUUAGCAGUAACUUCGGACAGCGAAAUUCUUUUUAAAAACGAAAAUCCAGGCGAAUCGCCGAUUAAAAACGAGAGAAAAGAAAAAACGCCUAAGAAUGAAAAUUUAAAGAGUUUACCCCAAAAAGUUAAGAAAGAUGAUGAGACUCUUAGUAAGGAAAAUAUAGUUGCAGAUACGAUAAAGGAUGCCAAGAAAAAGAACAAGAAAGCUAAAGCAAAGACGUUAAUGGAUUCGCCAACUAAAAUUAAAAAAGAAGAAAUCACGUCUAAAAAAGUAAAAAGUAAAAGGAAUAAAUUUGACAUAAAACAUUUCAUACAAAAGCCAAAGAAGAUUAAAAAGGUAAAAGAGAAAAAAUUACCAAAACUUGAACAUUGUAAAGAUGAUGUGAAUAUGAAGAGAAAGUUAUCUGCAAUGUGUGACGAUGAUAGAAAUUUAAUGGACGAUAAAAAUAAUGCAUCCCUAAGCCCGCCAUUAAAAAAACAAAAAACCUUGAUAAGAGAUGCUACAAAUGUAAGUGAAGAGGAUGAGAAGCAGGUGAAACUUGCCAGCAAGAGUAAAUCUAAAUCCAAGAUAAAGAAAGUUAAUGUUAUAGUGAAAACUGAAAAAAAAUCUAAAGUCACAAAACCGAAGAAUACCGUUGCUGAGAAUGAUGAUGUGUUUGCUGAGGCAUCUACAUCUCCUUCCACGUCAAAAUCCAGAGCAGAGAACCAGCCAGCUAAAGCCGUGGCUAAAAAAUCUUCCAAAAAGCGGAAAUCCGAGGCUCUGUUAAGCGAUCGCGAUGAUCCAAAGGCGAUUGAAAAGCCGGCAAAGAAGAAGAAAGCUAAAGCCGCAGACGAGGGCAAACCCAAAGCCGUAACUAAGGCGGCUAAAGAAAGGAUGGCAAAGGAGACUGCGGAAGUGAAAAACACGCUUUUCAGUCUCUUCCGAAAGACCAUGAAAUGCAACCAGUUGCAAUUCCCCAACAACCCCGAUUCUAAUGCGGACAACAACAAAUACAAGCCACUCGAAGUCGAGCACACCACCAGGAGAAAAAGUCGGCUGGACGCAAUGUCGAGUAGCAGCGACGAGGACGACGAGAAGUGCAACUUCAAUAAGUCCUUCAAGAUGCGCGAAAAGCCCAAGCCGGAGCUCCACAAUGGUUCGUCCAAUUCGUCGUCCGACUUUAUUCCCAAUUCUCAAAGCGCUUUCAAGAGCGAGGAUAAGAAGAAGCCGAAAAAGAUGUUCUUCAACGAGUGAGCACCGUGCAGACACUACUUCUUUCUCCCAGUUAGUUUUUAUACUUUGUACAUACACAUAUUUAGAUAGCUAGCGUCGAUACCUGUACAUAGAGAACUCUCUCUUAAGCGACGUUUGUACAUUCGCGAUCGGGGCUCUCGUACUUGCUCGAAGGGACAAAGCUCCAGAUGCACUCGGGGCCCUCGUCGCGGUGCACGUCACUGUAAGUGUGCACCGAGGCGCCGCACUCGAAGCCCAGGAGACUUCGGUGCCAGACAAGGUCCUCCGCGGCCAGGCACUGUCCGGUCAUCACGUGCUGGAUGACUAGCCUGUGCCGAAUCAGAGUAGUACAAGCAGUACAAGUAGAGUUGAACUGUCUCGUUUAACUUGAAAAAUUAAUAUAAAUAGAUAAAAUAACUUUUUAAUUUUUGUACACUACUGCGUACUAUAGGUAUAAGCGUUCAUGUUACAUAUUUUAUAAAUUAAUUUUUUUUAUCACGUGGAAAAGUUUAUACAAUGCUGACUUGCUGCGACGUUGUUUUAUUUAUCGCGAACCGGGGAAGAGAAUGUUGCUAUGAUAAUUGGUAAUACCGAGUCGACUAUGUUUUGUUUGUUCUGCGAGUUGACUCUCUACUAUUUUUUCAAUAAAAAAACGAGCUCGUACCCCACGAUUGCUCAAAGUACAUUAAA